AUGGCAUCCGCGCCGAUGUCGCACAAUGAGGUUUCCCAGGAAUUUUCUGUCAACAAACUUAUCCGUGUUGGUUAUUACGAGCUGGAAAAAACUAUCGGUAAAGGAAAUUUUGCGGUAGUUAAAAUGGCCACCCACGUCGUAACGAAAUCUAAGGUUGCUAUAAAGAUAAUAGACAAAACUAAACUAAAUGAGGAAAAUUUAGCAAAAAUUUUUCGUGAAGUACAUAUAAUGAAAAGAUUACGACAUCCACAUAUUAUAAGACUGUACCAAGUAAUGGAAACGGAGAAAAUGAUAUAUUUAGUGACAGAAUAUGCUCCUGGUGGUGAAAUAUUUGAUCAUCUUGUUCGAAAUGGUAGAAUGCCAGAACCAGAAGCACGAAGAAUUUUCCGUCAAAUUGUACUUGCCGUUCGUUAUCUGCAUCAACAAAGAGUAGUUCAUCGAGAUCUUAAGGCUGAAAAUUUGUUACUUGAUGCAGACAAUAAUAUAAAAAUUGCUGAUUUUGGCUUUAGUAAUGAGUAUACACCUGGUGUUCCACUUAGUACAUGGUGUGGUUCACCACCAUAUGCUGCACCUGAAAUUUUUGAAGGAAAGCAUUAUGAUGGUCCAAGAGCUGAUGUAUGGAGUCUUGGCGUUGUCUUAUAUGUAUUAGUUUGCGGUGCUCUACCAUUUGAUGGACCUACAAUGCAGUUGUUACGAUCUGUGGUUGUCUCAGGGAAAUUCAGAAUACCGUUUUUUAUGUCUGCAGAUUGCGAAAAGUUGAUUAGGCACAUGUUGGUGGUAGAACCAGAGCGACGUUUGAGUAUUUCUCAAAUUUUAGCGCAUUCAUGGAUGAGUGAAGAUGGAGUAAUAGAAUUAGAACCUGGAGGAUGUAAUUCUGAUGUAAGCGUGCCACCACCAUUAAAUCAAUUAGUAAUAGAAAAUAUGUUAAGAUUGCCUGGACUUAGCGCAGAUACAUUAUUACAAGCCGUUAAAGGAAAUACUUUUGAUCAUGUAUCAGCUAUAUACAAUUUACUUGUUGAUCGAUUAGAACCAACAAUGCCUAAUUUACACAGUAUUCAAAGUAUACCAGGUGAUUAUUUGCCAGAUGGUGCACAUCAAUUAGAGAAGUUUGGUGAAACUGAAUCGGAAACGGAAGAGAAAAGUGGUCUUUAUUUGCCAUCUGGAACACCUUACCAUACAACAAGAAGACAUACAGUUGGACCUGGUGAUGCAGUGCAUCAAUCUCCUUCGUCAUAUCCUUAUCAUCACAUGUCAGGCUAUCAAACUUUACGGCCUCUUCCUGUUCUUCAGUGUAAUAUGGAUCCUCAAGUUUUACCGCAUACCAAUUUACCAUUAAAUCUUCCUUUAGUUCAACAUCAACCACCACAAAAUUUCCAAAUAAAGGAUCAACAUUUGUUGAAGCCGCCUCCUGUAAUGGGUGCCACUGGAGGAUUUGGUAGAAGAGCUUCAGAUGGUGGAGCAAACCUUCACAUAUUUCAUCAACAACAUAGUAGUAACAUUAAUAAUGAUGAAGAUAGUGGCUGGAGUCAACCUGGUAGCAGGGAACAAUUACAGCCAUUACAGAGUGGUAGUUCAGGAAUAGUAUCAUGUGCUCAAUCAUUAAAUGUUGCUGUCAGUACUGCGACUGGAGACGGGAGUAAUAACAACAGCGGUAAUAAUAGUGGAAAUAGUGAUAGAAGAAGAAGAAGUGGCCUUAGCACUGUUAUGCAGCGACCAGUUAUAAAUCCGGAAUUGGUAAUGGAAGUAGAAGCUAGGAUGAAUAGGGCUUACCUACCAUCGCGACUGUUACCAACUCACCUUAGAGGAUCAACACUUCCACACCACAGGAAAUCUUCAUUAUAUCAUACUAGCACUGUAAGUAAUAGGGAUUCGUAUAAGGACCCAAGCAGCCAUGUUGCUACUGAAAGAUACUCACCUGUUCGUCGAGCAUCAGAAGGAUCAGGUGCACCUGGACCAGGUAUCCAAGCACUUCAGCAAGAAUAUCAACAAUUACAAAGAUUAGCAUCACCUUCACACAGUCCUGCGAGUAUUCCUGGUUCUCCUGUUCACGAAAGAGGUGUAGCAGCAAUUACGCAAGGUCUUAGUGGUUUAACUACGACGUCGGUACAGGGUAGUAUCGUACACGGUACGCCGGCACAACCACCGGCCACACCUUUAGAUUUGAGUCCACUUAGGCAUCAUAGAUCACCAGCAACUACUCCUGUGAGUUACUCUCCCAGCAAUAGUCCAGCGUUGGAUAUGAUACAAGAAGAACAUCCUGUAGAAAUAUCAAGGGUACCACCGCAAAUUUCAGUGACAGAUGUUCUUGGAGGACAAGUGACAUUAAUCAGUUGUUCACCUUCACCGUCUCCAUCGCCAGAUUCACUCGAAGAUACGUUACCUCAUUACAACACUCUUCCGAGUUUUAUUAUUUCAGAACCGUGCGAUCCUUCGAGACCUAGUAUAACACGCGGUAUCGGUAGACCACACAGUACGACGAUACCUACCGAAGUCGAAGUUCCUUUAUCUGAUGAAUCAAGUAGAUUAAAUUCCGAAACUAUAUUAGGUCGUGUUAAACAAAUAAUAGAUGCAAGAGCGCCACCAAAAGGUUUUAUAUUUUCGAGAGAGGAAGUGAAAGGUAGUGGACUUAGUUUAGAAUAUCCAGGUGGUGUACAAAUUGAACUUAGGGUAUAUGAAUCGGAAGAAAGAGAAACGAAAGGAAUAAAAAUGCGUAGGAUUAGUGGGGACCAAUUGCAAUAUAGUCAACUUUGUCAGCAAUUGAUUUCAUGUAUUACUGUUUGACGACAACCAGCGUAUAAUAUAAUAUGUUUUCAUACAUUACGUUACAUUCCUAGUGUAUUAUACACUAUUCAUCACAGUAUUGCACAUACUGCAUAUA